AUGGCGUCUCGUCGCCGGAUGCUCCUCAAAGUCAUCAUUCUCGGCGACAGCGGGGUUGGGAAGACGUCUCUGAUGAAUCAAUAUGUGAAUAGGAAAUUCAGUAAUCAGUAUAAAGCAACGAUUGGGGCCGAUUUCUUGACCAAAGAGGUCCAAUUUGAGGACAGGAUUUUCACUUUGCAGAUAUGGGACACGGCUGGUCAGGAGAGAUUUCAAAGCCUUGGUGUGGCUUUCUACCGUGGUGCUGACUGUUGUGUACUUGUUUAUGAUGUGAAUGUCAUGAAAUCAUUUGAUAACCUCAACAACUGGCGAGAGGAGUUUCUGAUUCAGGCCAGUCCUCCUGACCCUGAAAACUUCCCAUUUGUUGUCUUGGGGAAUAAAAUUGAUGUUGAUGGUGGCAAUAGCCGAGCGAUAUCUGAAAAAAAGGCAAAAGCUUGGUGUGCCUCCAAAGGUAUUCCGUACUUUGAGACUUCUGCAAAAGAAGGGUUCAAUGUGGAGGCUGCUUUCGAAUGCAUAGCCAAAAAUGCACUGAAAAAUGAACCAGAGGAAGAAUUAUACCUUCCUGAUACGAUCGAUGUGGGGUCUGGACAGCAACCACGAUCGUCUGGCUGUGAAUGUUGCUGGGCACUCCAAAGUGGGUAUCUUCCUCCAAUCAUCGCCGUAGCAUCUCCAAUGGCGCGAGGUCUCCUCAUGCCUUUACAUGGACACACCAAAACGAUUCCAUUCUACCUUUCGCAUCACUUCCAGUUCUCUCUUACCAAGGCAACUCGCGUUCUCUGCAGUUCCUGCAGUGGCCAGCAACAACAGCAUGACCCAAUUGACAUGUCCAAAUACACAGAGACCUUCGCCAAACGAAUGAAAAUGGCUGGCCUUAAACCUCAUCACCGUAUUGCUAUUGGUGUUUCUGGUGGCCCUGACAGCAUGGCCCUCUGUGUAUUAGCUGCCCACUGGAAAAGUGAAAAUCAUAACCCUGCUUCUACCACAGGAAGAAGCAAGUCCAUCGACGGCCUUUUGGCAAUUGUUGUAGAUCAUGGAUUGCGAAAAGAAAGUACAGAGGAAGCGAACCUCGUUUCCCGACGAAUUGUUGAUAUGGGAAUCAAAUGUGAAGUUGCUCGUUGCAAAUGGUUGGACGGUAGGCCAAAGCCUGGUCACUUGCAAGAGGCAGCUCGUGAUAAGAGGUAUGAAAUUUUCCAAUGUAUUUGCUUCGAACAUCAGAUUGGAGUACUAUUGAUUGCUCAUCAUGCGGAUGACCAGGCCGAGCUAUUCGUUCUCAGAUUAUCUCGAAAUAGCGGUGUGCUUGGGCUUGCUGGCAUGGCAUUUACUUCUCAAAUAUUUGCUAAAUUUCCAGAUAGUAGUGGUGAAGCAUCAAAAACUCAUGGCAUUUUAUUGGUUCGACCACUCCUAGAGUUUUCAAAGGAAGAUAUGUACAAUAUAUGUCGAGGGGGCAAUCAAGAGUGGGUGGAGGAUCCAACAAAUCGGAGCCUAUUGUAUGUUCGCAAUAGGAUCAGAAUGUCAUUAAAUAGCUUGUCAACAUCUAUCUUCAAGACUGAAUUACAAGCAGUUAUAUCUGAAUGCCGGAGAACACGAGUGCUUGUUGACAAACUUUGUUUCAAGUUGAUAAAUGAGGCUGUGACCAUCAUACCUCAUGGAUAUGCAGUGAUUGAUCUAGAAAACCUCAAUCCAACAGAAGUCAAGGACAUGUGUCUCGUGAAAUUUAUUGCCUUAGUGUUGCAGUUCAUCUCACAAAAACAUAGACCUGUUCGAGGCAGUGCAUCAAAAUUGCUAUUGGACUACAUUCGUACUUCUCCGUGCAAGACUUGUCUUACUGUAGCCAAUUGUUACCUUUGUCCAGCUCCGGGUUCUAGAGGAACUAAGAUCCUAGUAUGCUGUUCUGUUAAUUCGUCAUUUCCUUUAGAAAUGGAGUUAUUUGAAGCACGCACUUAUGGAGGACACGGUUGCUUUGUUAUGGGCGAGCUACAGCAAAUUCUAGAUAGUGGGAAAGCAUAUUCUGAUAAAUUUCUCCCAGAUGCUUCAAAAUCGCCAUUUAUAGAGAUAACAUCCUCUGAAUCUGUUCUUAUUGAAGCCAAGAGGUUGGGCAUUCUUAGUGACUCUACCCAUAGGAGUAUUGUUUCUUUGCAGAAAGAAGAGAGCGAAAAUUUUAAGAUUAAACCUGAAAUUAUCUUCGAGUGCGAGAAGAAAGAUGAUGUACAACAUGCAGGUGCAACUUCGAGCAUAUCAAUGUAUCCUGGACAAGUAGGAUACUUCAUGAACAGAUUUAUAUUGAACUGGACAGGACUCAAUAAAAUAUCUCCUAAUAUAUCAACUACGAAUGAGGUUGUGGGGGACAAGGAUUUGGUUGUUGAAGGACAGUGUUGUAGUUCUUGCAUGAUUGAUCAUCAGGCGGGGGCUGAAGUGCGCUACAUGAUUGAUACUGAUUGGAUAUAUCUUUCCUACUUGUCCAAGUUGAGAAACAGAGAAAAUUCUCAACAACAAAUUCACUCCAGGAAAACGACCUCGUGUUCUAAACAUGCCAAAUUAUCAGCACAUAGAGCUCUCAUGUCCUUGAAGUCUAUCCCAGUUGCUGCAAGAAGAGCCAUGCCCGUCCUGGUCAAUCCUCAAGGAGUUUUACUAAGCAUUCCGGGCAUCGGCUUCACACAUUGCCCGUGCUUGAUGGUAUCUGUGAUAUUCAAGCCGAGAAUACCCCUCGGUGGAGGUCACAGCUCGUAUUUGUAG